AUGCAAAGCAGUGCAGUGAAUUCGCUGAGUCUCGUGAACGAGGCUCUGCGUAGUUCCUGGCCCUCCGGACAGACACGUGCCCGUCAGAGUUUGUCGCCAGAUGUACCGGUGCUUUCGCCGUACUGGUAUCUGAUGUUGAAAACAUGCCAACGGAGCUGGCUAUCAUCUCCCGGCGAGCGCCGUCGCGCCUGCGGCGGACGCAGUGCAGGCAGCAGGCUCAGAUUCUUCGAUUCAGCAGACUCGUGCCCCCCGUGCAGCGCCUGCGCGGCUGCCUCCGCGCUCGGAGCGUGUCCCUGGCGCCGCCCACAGAGCCCCUGGGGCGUUGGCGGGCGGGCCAAGGCGUCGGUGGAGGCGUUGGGCCCUGGGGCGGAAGGCGACAAAGAGAAAGAGGAGCACAUUGAGAAAGACACGAGGGGAGAGAGAGCGAAGAAGGGAGCGGAGGACGAGGCUGCUGCGCGGCGAGAGGGAGGCGAAGCGAAAGAACGGAUUGGGCGAGGCACUCAGGAGGCCGUGCUGCAGGUCGGAGGCGAGCCGGCGGACAGGAAAAAUGACACGCCAGAGGGUCCGGAGAGAGGACGACCGAAACAGAAACAGUCCCGAGCGGGCAAGGGCGAACCUGAGGGCUGCUCCCGAGCGAACAACUUUGCACAUCAAGAGGGCAAGGCGAAGAGGAAGGGAAGGCCGCGGUCGACUGGUUCGAUGAAAGCGAGGGGUCUCUAA